AUGGGUCACGGUGACGAGCCUAAGACUUACCGAUACAAUGAGACUCCGGUCUAUACUGCAUCCAAUGGCUGCCCUGUACAUAUCCCCUAUUUGUCUAGGGUCAUGGAUCCCCAGGCGGCUCAACGUGUUGGAGCCAACGGUCCACUACUCCUCCAGGAUUUCCACCUGAUUGAUCUGCUAGCGCACUUCGAUCGUGAACGUAUUCCAGAACGUGUUGUUCAUGCCAAGGGUGCCGGUGCUUAUGGCGAGUUCGAAGUAACUGACGACAUUAGCGAUAUUACCAUCGUCGACAUGCUGAAGGAAGUUGGAAAGAAGACCAACCUUCUGACUCGAUUCUCAACCGUUGGUGGUGAAAAGGGCUCUCCAGAUAGUGCUCGCGACCCCCGAGGCUUUGCCAUUAAGUUUUACACGGAAGAAGGCAACUGGGAUUGGGUUUUCAACAACACUCCAGUCUUCUUCCUCCGUGACCCGGCCAAAUUCCCCGUCUUUAUUCAUACUCAGAAGCGAAACCCUCAGACCAACCUCAAGGAUGCCACCAUGUUCUGGGACUAUCUCUCUACUCACCAUGAGGCAGUCCACCAAGUGAUGCAUCUGUUCAGUGACCGGGGUACCCCAUACUCGUAUCGACACAUGAACGCCUAUUCUGGCCACACCUACAAGUGGAUCAAGCCCGACGGCACCUUCAACUAUGUGCAGAUCCACUGCAAGACUGAUCAGGGCAACAAAACCUUCACCAACGAGGAGGCCACUAAGCUAUCCGCCAAGAACCCUGACUGGCACACCCAGGACCUUUUCAACGCCAUUGAGCGGGGCGAGAACCCAUCCUGGACCUGCUACGUACAAGUCCUCAGCCCAGAACAGGCAGAGAAGUUCCGCUGGAGCGUCUUUGAUCUGACAAAGGUGUGGCCGCAGAGUGAAGUGCCUCUUCGUCGCUUCGGCCGCUUCACCCUUAACAAGAACCCGCAGAACUACUUCGCCGAGAUCGAGCAGGCCGCAUUUUCUCCCUCGCAUAUGGUCCCUGGUGCCGAGCCCUCCGCCGAUCCUUCAUUCAACCCUACCCAUCGCGAUGGUUACAUGAACGUCCACGGAAACUACGGCGCCAAUCCCAACUACCCAUCUACCUUCCGUCCACUGAACUACAAGCCUGUGAAGGCCAAUCAGGAACACGAGAAGUGGACUGGCGCCGUUCUCGCUGAGCAGAUCCCUGUUACCAGCGAAGAUUACGUGCAGGCCAACGACCUCUGGCAAGUUCUCGGCCGCCAGCCCGGCCAACAGGAGAAUUUCGUGAAGAAUAUCUCGGGCCACCUGUGCGGUGCCCAUGAACGUGUGCGCAAAGCCACUUACCAGAUGUUCACCCGUGUGAACAAGGACCUCGGAGCUCGUAUUGAGAUUGCAACUGAAGCCAAUGUGGCUCCUUCGGCUCGUCUGUAA